AUGACUGACACCAAUGAACUGAGGAAAGUGGUUGUUGUCACUACGUUGAGUGAAAGUGACCCUAUGAGCAUUCUCCACUGUCACCCUCUCUACCUCUCAGACCCAUUCAAAGAGUACACAGAAUAUGACGGGUGGUGGAGGUGUGAUUUGUGCGGUGAUCGGUACAAACGCAACGAACUGAUGUACCAUUGCCCAUAUUGCUGUUACGAUGUUUGUGCGUCGUGUUAUUAUCAAGUUGUUGCGCAUCAUAGACACAUUGGGCACACUUUCACACCAGACUACAGUGGACGUGGGAAGUGUUGCGACUGCAAGAAGGAGUCUGAUGUGAUGUACAAAUGCAACCAAUGUGUUAUUCAAUACUGCAAAGACUGCUUUCAGUCGAUAGCGUCGUUUGGACUCCAUAACCAUCCUCUUUACAUCGCAGACCCUGGUGUUGUUUAUCCAGGGAAGUAUUGGAAGUGUGAUAAGUGUUUCACUGUCUUUGGCAAAGACAAAUUCACAUUAAUGUUUCACUGCAGAGAGUGUAAUGUUGACUUCUGUUUUAACUGCUUUGUGAAGUCUCUCAAUGUUGUAAAGCCUUGCAAAUGCUGA